AUGCGCAGAUCAAAUAACCAACCGUCAAUCACGGCCCGCUUUGUCCGCCGAAAACCUGACAAGUUGGAGGGUGGCGAACGCCGUGCCCCUGUGCCAUCCACAUCGUCUCCAGGUGUGGCAGGUGGGCCAGGACUCACCCGCAAACGAGUCGUGGGCUCACCAGGGGUCUCGGGCGUGCCAGGAGGGUCCAUUCAGCGCCGAUCUGGUCGGGGUUCAUUGCUCGAGAGCUCGGACAUCAAGAAAUCCGCGUACAAGGUCCAGAAGGACCGGAAAAGGGGCGAGAAGCCGAGUUUUACAAAUGCCACAAACUGGCAGAUGACCAAGGUUCCCGAGGUGACACCUGAAGUCCUGCCUACUCUGUCAGACGAACAGAAGCACGUUGUGGAUCUCGUGUGCAAACAACGAGCAAAUGUAUUCUUCACCGGAGAAGCGGGAACGGGCAAAUCGCUUAUCAUCAAGACCAUUCUCAGGCGGUUCAAGAACAGCGGGAUCUCGUGCCAUGUGACUGCCCCAACAGGGCUCGCGGCCGUCAACAUCGGGGGAGUUACUAUCUACCGCUGGUCUGGUCUUGGACUUAUGAACGGUACCUGCGAUCAAAUGGUCCAGAAGAUCUCCAGGAGCCAGGACGCAAAAAAUCGCUGGUUGAAUACUAAGGUGCUCAUCAUCGAUGAGGUCAGUAUGUUUCCAGCAGACGCAUUUGGUAAGCUGGAUAUAGUGGGAAGAAGGGUGCGGAAUAAAGACCGUCCCUUUGGAGGUAUCCAGUUGGUGUUGACUGGGGACUUCUUUCAGCUGCCUCCUGUUGGAAUGAACGGAACGUGGCUGUUCUCGUCCGAUUCCUUCAAAAAAGCUAUCGCCCACAAAGUGCAGCUGAACAAGGUCUUCAGACAGCAGGGAGAUACUGUUCUCACAGACAUGCUUCGAAAAUUGCGGUUCAGCAACCCAGAAGACCACGAUGAACUAGACCGAUUCUUCAGAAAACUCUCACGUGAACUGGACGACUCAGACGGCAUUGUUCCCACCGUCUUAGAGCCCAGAAACGAUGCUGUCAAUGCCAAGAAUCAAAUGGAACUGGAAAAGCUACCAGGACCACUCUUCACCCUCAAGUCACAUGACACAGCCGAUGGUAACUCUUUGGAAGACAUUGACCCCAAUGGGCGCUUUCUGAAGAAUCUGGAUGACAACCUCCGAGUAGUGUCUGAACUCAAGCUCAAACUCGGCGCCCAAGUGAUGGUCAUGAAAAACAUUUACAAAGAUCAUGUCGAGCUCGUUAAUGGCAACAUGGGCAUAGUAAAGUGGCUCAUGAGCGCCAGCAAGUACUUCACCAUCGCACAGAGCAAACCGGUAAAGUCGCAAAUGUUUGAGGCUAUCGAAUGGGUCGAAGGAAUUGUAAAGAACGGAAAACCUCUAGGGUACUUCGUUCGAUCCAAAGAUAUUAGGGCAUUGAAAGAAUGUCCCGAUGUCGAUUCUCCUCAUGUCAAGGACUGGGAGACCGCCAAAAGAUUUCUUUUAGAGAUCUACGAGACCAUGGAGGUCCAGUAUCGAUUCAGUCCAACCCCCAAGUUCGACUGCACGUCGACCGACGCCCUGCUGCCCGUGGUCAAGUUCGUGGACAACACAUACGGCACUCGGUACGUGUAUAUGGCUCCUGAAACCUUCCAGGUACCUAACACCAACAGUAACGGGGACCACACUGGAGGCUGGGAGAGAAAACAGGUUCCGCUUAUUCUCGCGUGGGCCAUGUCGAUCCACAAGUGCCAGGGCCAGACGCUCGGAAAGGUCAAAGUUGAUCUCUCCAAGGCCUUCUGUAUGGGCCAGGCGUACGUGGCUCUAUCACGUGUGAGUUCCAAGGACAAUCUACAGGUUGUGGGGUUUAAUCCUCGAAGAGAGAAACCCAGCCAGCAGGUGAUUGAGUUUUAUCGACAGUUUUCCAGGCCGUUUGAGAGGGAGGAGCGACAGAAUAAACUAGACAAGAUGGUGGAGGAGUUGGAUGAUCCAGAUCUGGAUGAUCUGUUCUAA